AUGGCCAGGAAACCCACCUACAUCAAACUUCUUACUUUGAUAUUUUAUGUCGCUUUUUUGGUAUGUGUUGCCGAAUGUACGCUUCAUGCAGCACAAUAUUCGGAGGUGCAUUCAAUGGACAUGAAACCCGAGCGAUGGGGUCCAUCAGCUUCGCAAGUCUCCUAUAACAAAGUUGUUCCAGAGAAUCAAGAAGGGUACCAAGCAGGAGAAUGGAAACUCGUAUCACAGAAGAGGGGAUCCAAGAAACGACUGGAGCGAGAUGAUUUGACGAAAGACGGUCGAAAGCUGAAGAAGAAAGUCCAACAAGACAAUCGAGAAAGGUAUCAAGCAGGAAAAUUGAAACCUGCACCACAGAACAAGGGGUCUGAAAACCGGUUGGGACGAGAUGGCUCGAUGAAAAAUGGUCUGGAGAAGAAAGCCACAAAAGGUAUCUUCAAGCCUCCCCAAAUGCAUGGCCUUCGAAUCUUUUCAGAGCACAGGACCCCUUUCUCUUGGAAUGUCGAUUCAGUGGAGACCACUCUGACUAACAGGUUUGAUGAAAUCACUGGGAAUGCUUUGGGCGGAAAAGAUAAAGCUUUAUGCCGAGAGCGAACAAUCUCAUUAAUCCCAAGAUUCAUGAAUAUUUUUGCUUACAAUGGAGGUCAAACUUUUGAGAACUUAAGGGAAGAGAUGCUGGUCACUCUUCGUAGUAUCCUUCAAAGGCCUGAGAGUAACGGGUUUUCACAGGCUGAAGAAUGCUUAAGUCACAACAUCUAUACCACGAUUGAGGGAGCCAUUGAGGAUCUACAGUUCUUGAUUGGUACCGAUUCUGCAAGUAUAUCUAAACUACUCAAAAUUCAGGACGAGAGAACCAAAGCGUUACUUUCUAUGUAUCAAUAUACGGUUAAUUUUGGAGAGGGAACAGAUGGAAUAUUCCACCGAAUGAUAGAAUUGGUUGAUCACACUCUGGGAAGAUUUGUUUGGUCCUAUGGAAUCGAGCCUCCACAUUUCUUGAUGCAACUUGAUCGUUCCAACUUGGAUCUCCACAACAAGAUCAGUAACGGCUCUCUAUGGCUAGCCACAAUGGGAUUUGACAACAGGAUGAGUCAAGAGGCAGCGCAUAAGCUCGGUGAAGCUGUAGCAAAGCGAAGCGCCCACAACCCACUUCUGCGUCAAAUGCUUGAUUAUGUGUCAACGCUCACAGGCGCCCUCGCCAAGGAGGACCUCUUGAGAACUUUGGAAGUCUCCCGUGCUCGCGAUGAGGUCUCGUCUCGGAUAGCAGUAUACUUUGGCGAUCUCAGAAAGCAGAUAUGGUUGACAAACUUCGCCGAUCAUGAGCCCGAGAAACCUGUGGAGUCCUGGGAAGCUGUAGAAUCUGCAGCACAACAGCUUGCAGCACAAAACAUUAUGGAGUGGCGUAGCUAUGGUCUCCAAUUGGGUACUAUAUUUGAUGAAUUCCGAAGCAUCUGUUGA